AUGGUACCUCCUCUGCCCUCUAAUUGCACCACAGUCUAUACUGAUGCAGCUUGGAAAGCUUCCACUCAGAUGGCGGGAUUAGGUUGGAUUAUUACUAACCCGUCGGGUGCCUCGCAAUUCUCGAAAUCAGAAGGUACGAUCGGCUCUGCUUUGUGUGCAGAAGCGCUAGCAAUGAGAGAAGCGCUACUCAAAUGCAAGGAGUUAGGGAUAAAGAGGAUUGUGUGCAAGUCUGAUUCAGCUCAGCUCAUCACAUCCAUCAACACAGGCUUCUCACCCCCUGAAAUUUAUGGAAUUAUCUCGGAUGUUCUUGAUCUUGGCUUUUCUUUUGACGUAAUCUCUUUCGUUUGGAUCUCAAGAGGGAAAAACAAGGCUGCUGAUAAUGUAGCAAAAACUUGUCUCGUUGGGGUAGAGGCCUUUAUGGCUGCACCUAACUAA